AUGGGUUGGUCUUGGGCACUUUUCGUAUGUCAAACCUUGCACGAAAGACUGGUUUUGCGCUCCGGCCUCAAGGACUCUGCUUGCCUUCGCGACCGCAGGCCCACGCCGGAUGCCGAGGUUCUCCACACUGAGUACGUCGAUAAUUUGAUUGUGCUCGGCACCGAAGCGUCUCAGGUCCAGGCGGCGUACCAGAAGGCUGUGCAGGAGCUCAAGAACGCCGGGUUGCAGGUGCACGAGGAGGAAGUCAAUGACUCAGGUGCCAUAAUCCUCGGAUGGGAGUUCUGCAGCAACGGAGUCUUUCGUCCAUCCAGGCACCGAGCGUGGAAAACUCGACUCGCAGUCCGAGGGCUUCUUCAACAAGGUCGGGUCACGGGCAAGGAGGUUGAGAAGGUACUCGGUCAUUGCUGCUUUAUCUGUCUCGGUCGACGGGAGGCUCUAUCUGUGUUCGGCGAGGUUUACCGCUUCGUGCAGGACUACCGUGGCCACCCAAAACAGGUAAGGCUCCCCUCUGCUGUACGUCAGGAGUUUCUGAAGAGGGAUGGGAUCCUGCCGCUCAUCUUCCGCGACCUCGCAUCGCAAUGGUCUGAGACAGUUCAUGCUGUUGAUGCUUCGGAAUGGGGGCUCGGAGUCGUCGUUGGUACUGUCCCCCGCGCGGAGGUUCGGCGGCUGGGCAAAUACAAUGAGCGUUGGCGCUUUCGCCUCCCAGGCGGGGCCCGGCCUCGCUCCCAGACUCUUGCUCCGGGGACCGAUGGAGCCAGGUGCUCAGUCGAGGAGGCGACCGGUGUCGAGGACGUGCUCAAUGACGAGGACCAGGCCUUUGACAGUUUUGAGCCCGUGACGUUCGAGACGGUCGACCGCACCUGGGCCGUUACUGGCAGGCACAAAUGGCGCCGUCCUCUGACGCUCCCGGUUGCUGAAGCCAGGGCCUCACUCAACGCUGUCAAGCACAUCAUUAGGACGCAAGCCAACUGGGGCGGGAAACAUUUGCUGCUCUCCGACUCAAUGACGGCUGUGUGUGCACUGUCCCGCGGGCGGGCCCAAGGGUUUCAGCUGCGCCGGGUAUGUCAGCAGAUCGGGGCAAUUGCCUUGGUCACCCGCUGCGUGUUCGCCUUGCGGCGGGAUCCUGGACGGCUUCGCAACCUUCGCAGUAUGGUUCUCUACAGAUCUCCGCUCCUUCCUCGAGCAAGCUCCUUUCAGAAGCCACCGGAGCCGAAAAAGGCGUUUCCGGCGGCAACAGUGACACCUCAAAACCCGGGCGAGCUCAAGAACCCCAGUGCACGGAAGGCAGCUCGGCGGGUGGCGCGGGCCAGAGUGAAGACUUCGUGCCCGGAGAAGACACUCCUGGAAACGGCGUCGGUGAGUGCAGCUUGCUUCCGGCGCUACCAAGUGGCGUGGAUGGCUGCGCGCCAUCUGGUGAUGUCUGUGACGGGCACGCUCAUGCCCACCGCCGAGCUCGAUGCGAACCUCGCCGGCCAUCUGGAGCACCUCUUCUUGGAGGGCGAGGACCUUUCGGCUGCCCAGUACCUCAUCGCGGCGAUAUCUUUCUUUGUGCCCGCCAUCAAGGCCAUGGGAAUGCAGGCGCUGCCACGAGUCAGACAGCGCAUUCAAGGGUGGCGCCGCCUCUGUCCGCCACAGAGUCGUCUCCCGGUCCCGUUCGAAGUGGUCGCGCUGGUGUUUCUUUGGGCGGUGGAGUCCCAGAGGAUCGCCCUGGGUUUCCACCUUCUUCUCAGCUUCAUGCUGUACCUUCGUCCAGGGGAAGCUUUGGGCCUUCGGGCGACGGCGAAGGAUGUGGUGCCACCUGCAGGCAGGCGGAAAAAGUCAUCUCCCUGGACCUUUGUACUGCACCCUCUGGAAGUGGGCCAGGCCUCAAAGACUCAGGAGUUCGACGAGACCGUCGGCCUCGACUUACCGUACCACGCAGGCGUGGGGGAAGCCAUGUACCGGGCUAUGCACAUCCAGCACCUCCACGAGGACCAGAAGGUGUUCACUCACACACUCCAGGAUUUCGCGGAGUUCACUCAGAUGGCAGCCAACGCUCUCAAUCUACAGAAACUCGGACCGUUCCACCCUUACCGACUGCGCCACGGCGGGGCUUCUCACGAUUUUCUUCACAAACUCAGAGACCUCACCGAGAUUCAACAUCGGGGACGGUGGCGCAGCAUGGCAAGUGUGAGACGCUACCAAAAAGGAGGGCGCCUCACCCAACUUAUGAACUCGCUUCCGAAGGCGGUUCAAAAGCAUGCCAUCAAAGCAUCAAGCAAGCUCCCAGAGACACUGAAGAAGCUACGCUGA